CGCAAAAAACCGGAAUUUGUAUGAUUAGUCCUUAAAAAUAAACGACGCCUGAUUCGACAACUGUAAAAUUUCCGUAUAAUAAUAAAAAUCACCGCACUCAUGGAGCUUUAAUAAAGGUAUGUGUAAUUUUAUAUCAAGGUUUUUACAUAAUCUUAACGUGAUUUUGUUUUGUUUGGCGGCUUGAUGAACAAUAUAUAUAUUUUUUUAGUUUGUAAAAUAUUAACCGGAAUGUAGCCACAAUGCUGAAUGAGCUUGAUGCUAGCCCCGAGCUGACUGGGCUAAUCCUGUUCGAAGAGGAAAAAAAGUGCUCUUUUGUGUCAUUUGUUUGGGGGAACCGUGUCCGGGAGCACAAAUGUCUCCAGAUUUCUGCAUUGAGUCGUCGCCGGCGAAGGAAGAGGAGCGGGCUGCUUCUCGGCCAAACCUGGAAUAAAACACCAUUAAGUUCCGUUGUUGUUUUGUUUUUGUUUUUAACGCGAGUGAAGCGUCGGCAGAGGACAACAACAGAAUGGCUUUCUUCGCGAAAAAGAAGAAAUUCAAGUUCCAGACGUAUCUGACGCUGGAGGAGCUGAGCGCGGUGCCUUUCGUCAACGGAGUUCUCUUCUGCAAAGUUCGCCUGAUGGACGGAGACUUCGUCGCUUCCUCCUCCAGGGAGGAAGUGCGUGAGAACUGCGUACGAUGGAGGAAGAGGUUCUCCUUCGUGUCCAAGAUGAGCGCAAACCCGCACACAGGCGUGCUGGACCCGUCGGUCUGCCGGGUGUCUGUCAGGAAGGAGCUGAAAGGCGGGAAAGCAUACACGAAGCUGGGCUUCGCAGACCUGAACAUGGCGGAGUUUGCUGGCUCUGGUUCCACGGUGCGCUGCUGCCUGCUGGAGGGCUACGACACCAAGAACAUGCGACAGGACAACUCCAUACUGAAGGUAAUCAUCGGGAUGACCCUCCUGUCUGGAGAUCCCUGUUUUAAAACUCCGGCCAGUACGGCCAAGAGCAUCUCCAUCCCGGGACGUGAGCACACCCUGCAGCUGGACUGCAAGGGUGAGGGAACCAAGUCAGAACCUGGACCCGCUGGAGUUAUUUCACUGGGCCGGACGCCCAAACAUCGACCCUCCAUCAUUAGCUCAGGUCUUCUGGAAGACCCUGAAGGUAUUGCUCCCGGAGAAAUUUUCCAGUCUGGACAUUCUCGUAACUCUAGCUACGCCAGCCAGCAGAGCAAAAUCUCAGGCUACAGCACGGAGCACUCUUGCUCCUCCAGCCUAUCGGACCUGACCCACCGCAGAAACACCUCCACCGGUAGCAGCGCCUCAGGGGGCCUGGGGGGCUUCGCUACCGACAUCCCCACAGACGCUGAAAGAGAAGUGGGGCGCUCUGAGAGACCCCCCCGGCCUCCCAGGCCUCUCCUCCCCACCAAUAGGCCCCCCAGGAGAAAGCAGGACACUGUGGAGAGUCAGCCAUCUUGGGUGAACGACACCCGCAUGGACGCUGACGACAUUGUGGAGAAGAUUGUCCAGAGUCAAAACUUUGAGGACGUCAGCAACACUGAAGACAGCAACCUGCGUCUGUUCAUCAACCGAGACGGCAGCACCGCGCUCAGCGCCAUCCGGCUGGGCAACAGGGUGUCGGCCGGUGGCUACGAGCCCGUGGUCGUCGAGAGCCACUAGACGGGAGGGAUCCUUUUUUUUCCCACUAGCUGCAGCUGGUCUGAAGACAGCACAGUGGGAAAAAGACAUCAGUUAGCACUUUAACCACCACUCGCCAUCUUGUUUAGGACGCCGAGAUCCUCCUGGUGUCCUCAGUGUCGUCACGGUCACAAAAUGGAGGGUAGAGUGGAACCAAAUAUGGUGAUACAGUAUCGAUACAACUGGAUCAAAUGUCGAUGUUAUAAGAGAAACGUUUCACUCUUAUCUCACUCUCAAGGCACCACUGUAUUAUGACUUUCGAUUCACUUAUUUCAUUUCAACAUGUUUCUCUUUCUCGGUUAUACAGGUAUCAUUUAUAUGUAUCGUUAUCGCUUAUGAUACAUUAAUGAUACGCGCGGAUCAGAUAUUGGCCUUAUGGUGCUCCGUUGUCCCAAUAUAUUUAGUUUUUUCUUAAUUGCACAAAUAUGAACUUAUCGAUACAAUGGGAUCAGAUAUUGAUAUCGUCGCUGUUUGAUAUGACAGUUUGUCAUCGGAAAUUAAUUUCACAGUUAAAUUAUGAGACAAUUUAAUUUCUUAAACACCAAUAUCGUGACAUAUUGAUAGAUAUGGACAUAAUCCCAGACCAAUGUGACACUUUGGCUUUUUAAUAUGUUGUAAAGUGCAUUGUAGUUUUCCCUUUUAACACAUUGAUUAUGUCUGUAACGAGAUACUGUCGAUAUCAUUGGAAAAUAAUGAAAAUAUUGCGAUAUCUUAACUGCUAUUCCCAACGCUAAUGAAGUGACAUUUUAACUGUUGAAGCGCGUUUAGUCUAGCAAAGCUGCAUGUGGACGGUUGACUUCAAGGUGCGGUCUUGGCGUGGGAAAGCAAAGCAUGACUUCCCUGAGGACACCAGGAUGACUUUAACUGUGUUAUUUCUUAACAUGAAUCACAUAUGUUGGUUGUGUUUGUGUUUCAGCAGGCAAACGUUUAGUCCAGUUAAAAGCACCUGCAGUUCAUUUGAGUGUAUGAACUUCCAGGGAAGCCCUAGCACCUUUCACGCCGGCCACCGUUUUCAGUUUUUAUCCGAGUUCACUGUCCUGUGUGUCAGGUACCAAAACAAAAUGGGGGUUCCCAUGGCUGCGGAUGCAGUAUGGCGUAUCAUGGGAACGUCACCCGUGUGUAAAUGUAACAUCUGAGAAUAGCCCCUUUGCGUCGAAAGCAAUUGUUUCUGUCCCCCAAACGCUGGCACUAAUGCAUUCAGAUAACUAGAUAACGACAUCUGACGUGCCAUUGCGGCUUAUCACAUUCAGAUAAUUAGAUGAACUCACACAAAGUGCUGUUGCCGCUUCACUCAUUCAGAUGAUGUCUUCUGAAGUUCCCUUACAGCUUACCACAUUCAGUUAAUUAGAUGACGUCAUCUGAAAUGCUGUUGUGGUUUAACGCAUUCAGAUACUCAGAUGAUGUCACCCGAAGUGCCGUUGCGGCUUAAAGCAUUCAGAUUAGAUGACCUCAUCAUAAGUGCCCUUGCGGCUUAACUCAUUCAGAUAGAUAACAUCAUUUGAAGUGCUGUUGUGGCUUAAUGCGUUCAGAUAAUUAGAUGACGUUAACUAGAGCGCCGUCACGGUUUAACGCAAUCAGAUAAUUAGAUGGCAUCAAGAGUUCUCUAUGAAGUGUGUGCUUCACACAUUGAGAUAAUUAGAUGCAUUGUGGCAAUUGCUUUCGACACUAAAGCACAUGGCCAGUAAAUCCCAAAUCUGAUACGACGUCAUAACCGUCAAAUUUGCGGGUCGACUUCAACUCCCCGCUCCUUUUUCCGUAACUUAGAUACAAGACAAUGAGUGUGAAAGAGGCUACUGAACAUGCCAGGAGACCAUAAAACCAGGAAAGGUCCCUGUGGAUCGGGGAACCCAAAGUGAACCACUUCUGAGUUUUUUUAGCCUGUUUCUCUUGAUGAACCUAAAGCGUCUCGGCCUUGAGCGAGAACGCUGGUGACGGCGAAGAGAGAAAAGGCGUCCAUUUUGUUUAUUUUUUUUUCUGCCAUCUUUAAAGUCUGUUGUUUGAGUUUCAAAACCUCUUCUGUAGUACCUCCAUCAAAAGGAGCUCAGCUGCCCCCUGGUGAAGCAACACGUGUUACAGCCAACAUUGCAAACAAAAGGCUUGAGAAACAGCAAAGGAAUGUUUACAAACAGCUGGCUGCUUGCAACUUUCCCUUUUGUUUUCAUUUGUUUUAGUCAUUUCCUUUAACUUUAGGGAUGAUUUUUGAAUGUUUUCCACAAACUGUGACAAUAAAUACAAUUAUUAUUAUUAUUUUUUUUUUUUUUAUUCUCUUCACACAAAGAUUUUUGUCACGCUACUUUCUGUCUAAAAAACACAUGCAUGGUUAGAUUUAGUCGACGUUUUGGGGAUGAACCACUAAUUUGUCAGGUUUACACCACCUAUUAUACUUUUACUCUUUGUUUUUUAAAAAACAUUUAUUUAUAUUCUUUUUUCUACUUUUAUUCGAUGAUGGUUUUGUCCGGAGGAUGGGUGGUUAUAAGCUAUGCACACGACUCGCCUUCCCUCGGCUUUUUGUGUUUCACUAUUAGAAAUUCUAAAAAGAGUAUUGUAUCAUAACAAAGCUUGUAUUUACCUAAAGUUAUAGAGAAUGACAUUUGUAACACCUCUAAACAAUAAAAAUCUACUCCUUCGC